AUGUCGCUGUGUGAAAUAUUUGUUCUGACAGCGUCCUCCAGCAAAUCAUGGUGUCUGUUCUUCAGGAUCACAGUGGAUCUGUUCACGUCCAACGACUUGGCCUUUCACUUCAACCCUCGCUUCAACGAUGAAGGGAAGAAGGCGAUCGUCAGGAACAGCUGCAUUGGAAAGAAGUGGGGCAAAGAGGAGAGACACCUGCAGAACUUCCCCUUCGUCCAGGGACAGGCGUUCGAGAUUAAGAUCCUGUGCACCAGCACACACUUUAAAGUGGCCGUCAACAACUCUCACCUGCUGGAUUUCAAACACCGGAUCACCAACCUCAGAUCCAUCAACCAGCUCUCCAUCACUAAAGACCUCAUCCUGUCUAAGGUCCACAUGGAGACUGUGCCCUGAGACAGAUCACCAAAUCCACUGGAGAUCCACAACAGAUCCAAGGGUUUGGGGGCAGAUGUUAUGUGGAGAUCUACAGGAGAUCACCAAGUUAUUCAUAAGAAAUCCACCAAUGAAAUUAUACUAUAUCUGUCAUAGAACAACUAGAAAGAUCUACUGAAGAUCAACAAAAGAUCCAGUAAAGACUUUUAGAUCAUUCAGAGAUCUACUGUGGAACAAUCAAAAAUCUACUGUAGAUCCUCCAUCAAUCUAUAGUGGAUCCUCAGUAGAUCCUCAGUGGAUCCUCAGUGGAUCAUCAGUAGAUCCUC